AUGUUACGGCUGUUUCUGACUGCACGUAUUCACCCAACCCCAUCCACGCACAUAUUUGUGUCUGCAGGAGUUACCCGCUUUUUUUUCCAAAAGCCUUUUUUCUGUCUUUUUGCUUUCCUCCUUCUUCUCCUCUUCCCAGAUGCUCUGGAACUCUACAAGGCCUGUGUGGCCGCUAACGAGGAUGCAGAGUUGAAUCCCUACUUCCGUCUCUUCUAUCGCCACCGGGACAGCAUGCUGAUGGCACGCCUGUGUAGAACGGUCAUUGAAGACUGUUGCGUCGGGCCGGACCGCCAGUCG